AUGUCCCUCGUAACCUGGCCAUCGUACGGAUCUGUCACAAGGUGGGACAAAGCGGAGGCCGUCAUAACUCACAGAAGAUUCCAUCAUUACGAUGAAAACAAAGAAUAUGUCAAUGACUAUGAAGCUUCGAUGUUCUUGAACAUUAUAAUCGCCCAAACCCAUGUUCGCGAAAGUACGCAGCGAGAGGAGGCGCUGGAAGAAAAUUUGGAAGGGCAGAGGAAGCGAAUGGCUAUUGAUCCCGACAAUGACAACGCCAAAGCAGAGUUUGAAAAAUAG